AUGGCUGUGAUAACCAAGUUCUAUCAGCACAUCCUGGCCUUAGUAUUUGCUGUCAACGAGAUCAAUGAGAACCCUAAGAUCUUGCCCAACAUCACAUUCGGGUUCCAUAUCUAUGACAGCAAUUAUGAUCCAAGGAUGGCCUACCGUACCACCCUGGACCUCCUCUUCAAAGCACACAGAUUUCUCCCCAACUACAAAUGUGGCAUCCAGACAAAUGUAACUGGCGUGAUUGGAGGACUGGACUCUGAUACAUCUUCAUGCAUGGCAGAGCUCUUACAAGUUUACAAGAUUCCACAGGUUUCAUAUGGGUCAUUUGAACCAGCAGCAAAGGAAGAAACCCAUUUCCCUUCAUUUUACCGCAUGGCACCUAAUGAAGUCCUUCAGAUCACAGGGAUUGUCCAAUUACUUCUGCGUUUCAAGUGGAAAUGGGUAGGACUUAUUGUUAUAGAUGAUGAUGGUGGAGAUAAUUUCUUGCACUCUGUGGAGCUUCUGUUUGCUGAGAAUGGAAUUUGCACAGCCUUCACCAAAAGAGUCCAAAAGAAUGCCCGAUCAUUUAGCAUGGAUGAAGUUGCCAUUUGCAUAAAAAAUAAUGUUCCAGAUUUCAUGGAGAGCAACGUCAAGGCAUGUGUUAUUUAUGGGAACACUCAAACCAUUUCAUGGCUAGAAUUUGUUAUCUGGCUGGCAACAACAGUACUUCCGCUACGGUUUCCUGAGUAUAAGGGAAAGGCUUCUUCAGGAAAAGUAUGGAUUAUGACAUCCCAGACUGAUUUUUUAGCCAAUCUGUUUCAAAAGAUCUUUGAUAUUCAAAUGCUCCAUGGUGCUAUGUCUUUCACUAUUCACUCAACAGAGGUCCCAGGAUUCCAAGCAUUUCUUCAGAAUACAAACCCUUUGGCGGAAAAGGGAAAUACAUUCAUCCAAGAUCUCUGGGAACAAGCAUUCGACUGUUUAAUUCCAAAUUCUGUUCAGCCAACAGAUGGCAAUGAAACAUGCACAGGGGAGGAGAGCCUGGAAGACCUUCCUACAACUUUUUUUGAAAUGAGCAUAAGUGGUCACAGCUAUAGUAUCUAUAAUUCUGUCUGUGCUAUUGCUCAUGCCUUGCACACCAUUCACACAAGAAGAGUGAAGGAUAUUGGCAGACUAAUUCCUUUGAAUGUGCAACCCUGGCAGCUCCACUCAUUGCUUCAGAGGAUUUCAUUCAACAACAGUGCCGGAGAGGAGAUUGUGUUUAAUGAACAUGGAGAAUUAGUCACUGGAUUUGAUAUUACAAAUUUGGUCACAUUCCCAAACAACUCCUAUGUUAGAGUUAAAGUCGGAAUGGUGGAUCCUCAGGCACCUCCAGGCAAAGAAUUUGCCAUUCAAGAGAACAUGAUUGAGUGGCACACAGAACUCAUUCAAGUGCCUCCAUCAUCUUUGUGCAAUGAUCUCUGCCAACCUGGAUUCAGUAAGAAAAGGAAGGAGAAGGAGAAAUUUUGCUGCUAUGAUUGUGCUCCGUGUCCUGAGGGGAGGAUCUCAGACCAAGAGGAUAUGGAUCAUUGUAUCACUUGUUCAGAGGAUCACUAUCCUAAUAAGGAGCAAGAUGGAUGCAUACCCAAGACGAUAAGCUUCCUAUAUUUAGAAGAACCUUUGACCAUCAUUUUAGCCUUCUGGGCUUUUUUCUUGUCUCUGCUCACAGCACUGCUACUUGCAAUCUUCAUUAAGCACCAGGACACGCCAAUAGUCAAAGCCAACAACCGGAGCCUCACCUACAUUCUCCUUGUCUCACUCCUUCUUUGCUUCCUUUGCUCCUUACUCUUCAUUGGACAGCCUACUAAGGCAUUCUGCCUCCUCCGACAAACAACAUUUGGCAUCAUCUUCUCAGUUGCUGUUUCUUCUGUAUUGGCCAAAACUACUACAGUGGUGGUAGCUUUCAUGGCCUCCAAGCCAGGAAAUAUUUUCAGAAAAUGGGUGGGGAAAAGAUUGGCCCAUUCCAUUGUCUUUUCCGGAUCCUUUGGUGAAGCCAUCAUUUGUGUUGCUUGGUUGGCAACCUCCCCUCCAUUCCCAGAUUUGGACAUGAACUCUCUGACUGCAGAGAUCAUAGUACAAUGCAAUGAAGGGUCAGUUACCAUGUUUUACUGUGUCUUGGGCUACAUGGGCUUGCUGGCCACCAUCAGCUUCAUUGUGGCUUUCCUAGCCAGGAAGUUGCCUGACAGUUUUAAUGAAGCCAAGUUCAUCACCUUCAGCAUGUUGGUCUUUUGCAGUGUUUGGCUGUCCUUUGUCCCCACCUACCUAAGCACCAAAGGGAAGUACAUGGUGGCUGUGGAGAUCUUCUCCAUCUUGGCCUCCAGUUCUGGUCUCCUGGGCUGCAUCUUUUUGCCUAAAUGCUAUGUCAUAAUACUGAAGCCUGAACUGAACACACCCAGCUGG